AGAAAAAAAAAAAGUCAUCCGGGGUGGACUUGAAGGCAGGAGAAGCUGUCAGAACGAAGGGCAGAGGUGUGAGGAGUCACUGCGAGGGAAGGAGAAGGAGGGAAAUGUUGAGGGAGACGUAGCGCGAGGCGCUGAGAGGAGGUGAAGAAGAGACCUGGGAGUUGGGGAGAGGUGGGGGGCCCCCCACGCCGGAUAAAUUACGGAUACGAGGUGGGAGAGGUGUGAGCCGGAAGCAUGGGCUGCGUCCACAGCACUGGAAGGAUAAAGAGGGCGCACGGCGCCGACUCUGGACGCGUCCCCGCGAAGGCAGACCCCGGGCUGCAUCUUGAAAUCCUGCAACUUGCCGAGCUCGCCAAAGCGGGGAGUCACACCUUCACAGUGAAGAGCUUCAAGAGGAGACAAACGUGCGAUGUGUGUAAGCAGAGCAUUGACAGCCCCGCGGCUUUCUGCAAGGAGUGCAAGGUUGCAGUUCACAAGACAUGCGAAGCCAAGGUGACUCCAACCUGCGCUUCAUCGUCAGAUCUGCACGGAUCCACAAAAUCAGCAUCUCAGAAGAAGAGAGGCUCCAUACCAAGGAGUAAAAGCAUGGAAGGAGUGAUGGAGCAUGUGAUGGAGCGACACUACGACUUUGACCUCACCUACAUCACAGAGAGGAUCAUCUCGGUCUUCUUCCUGCCUGACCUGGAGGAGCAGCGCUACCGCAGAAACCUGCAGGAGGUGGCCUCCAUGCUGAAGUCCAAGCACCAAGACAAGUUUCUGCUGCUGAAUUUAUCAGAGAAGAGACAUGACAUCACCAGACUGAACCCAAAGGUGGAGGACUACGGCUGGCCGGACUUUCACGCCCCACCCCUGGACAGGAUUUGCGCAGUCUGCAAGGCCAUGGAGACCUGGCUCACGUCCGACCCCAACAAUGUAGUAGUCCUCCACUGCAAAGGACACAAAGGAAAGACGGGGGUCAUUGUGGCGGCAUACAUGCACUACAGCAAGAUAUCAGCUGGAGCAGACCAGGCUCUCACCACACUGGCCAUGAGGAAGUUCUGCGAAGACAAAAUCUCCUCUUCCCUGCAGCCCUCUCAGAACAGGUACAUCUACUACUUUGGAGGUUUGUUGUCCAGCACCAUCAAAAUGAACAGCAGCCCUCUGUUCCUUCACCAGAUCCUCAUUCCCUCGCUACCAAACUUUCAGGCAGGGGGAGGUUUUUACCCUUUCCUGAAAAUCUACCAGUCUUUACAACUGGUCUACACCUCAGGCGUAUAUGAUCCCCAGAGCUCCAGGGCGAGAAAGCUGUGCGUAACCAUGGAGCCAGCGCUACUACUAAAGGGGGACAUCAUGGUGAAGUGCUACCACCGGAGGAGCCGUGCAGCAGAGAGGGAGGUGGUCUUCAGGGUCCAGUUCCACACCUGCACCGUUCACGGAGCCCAGCUGUGGUUUGGCAAGACCGAGCUGGACCUGGCCUGCACCGAUGACAGGUUCCCUCCGGAUGCUGCGGUCGAGUUUAUCUUCUCCAGUGGACCAGAAAAAAUGAAAGGUCGAGAGUCCCGCAAGAACGACGCAUCCAUCAGAGUGGACUACAACACCGCGGACCACGUGGUCAGAUGGGAUUCCUACGAGAACUUCAACCUGCGCCAUCAGGACAGCGUAGAGAAUAUCUCCCAUACGAGGGGGCCUCUGGACGGCAGCUUGUACGCCCAGGUGAAAAAGCGACGUGGGCCAGGUGCGACCGCCCCGUCGCCCAACGGAUGCCUCACCAGCAGCCCGACGGUGAAGCCCCAAACUCCCAUCAAGCCCCAGCCUCAUUCCCACGCCUCUGACUCCAGCUGCUCCUCCGUCCCUUCGGAUAACACGUCUCCUCCCAGGAAAUGCUCCGAGGGUGAAGCCCCUAACUGCCCGUUGAGAAGAGGAGAUGGGGAGGACAGGGCAAAGGAGAGGACGAGAGGAAAGGAAAAGGACAGGGAAACUGCAAUUUUAGAUGACGGGGACCCAUCGAGUCCCGGCGGCUUGAGGCGAGAGCACUCGUGUUGCGGUCGAACGGGCCCGAAAUGUGGCGAUGUCGGGUGGGAGAGGGACAGAGAGCCCUGUCUUCCCAACGGUCACUGCCUUGGACGUUGCAGCAGCGUUAAAAACCACCCGAAGAGCCAAACUCUGCCGGUUUUACCAUCCAAAUCCAUGUCCCCUCCUCCUCAUUCGGCUCACAUGGAACUCUGCCAUCGCCACAGCGGCCACCCGUUGCCAGAGUUACCCUGGGAGCGAUCACCCCCUCCUCCACCGCUGCCCUGUCUCCACAGGCCGUGCUACCCCUAUCCCACCCCUGAACACGCGCACCAGCGCAGCCGCACCCUGCCAGCCGCGAACAGACUCUGCUCUGGGGAGGAGUACCACCUCUUCCAUUACCCGGGAUCUCACCUCUCCCAUCAGUCACAGCCCUCGAGCCCUUACAGGGAGAUGCUGUUCGGCCCCCCUGCACCUUCGUCCGGUUGCCCCUGCCAGGAUUGUACCAGCAGGCGAGAUCACCAGGCGGCCUCCGUCAGAACAUUCCACCCUCUGCACCCAGACCAGCCAGAAAACCACCACUGGUCCCAAGGAGUGGGGCUACAGCGAACGAGAGAGGCGCCUCCGCAGUGGGAAACCGAAAACCCGUGGGAGAUCGCGAGCGAGGCCGAGUUCUGGCAGUGCAAGUCAGCUCUGCCCCCGUUUCACCUCUGCCACCCCUCUGUGGACCAGGUCCCGGAGCAGCCCCGGUUUGCCCUCGCACCUCACCAGAGCUACCCGGUCCCCCAGUCCCUGAUCGACGUGCGGGACGGAGCCAGCAGCGGGUACCACACCCCCCCACAGCCCCGCAACUCCUGCCCCUGCUCCCCUUAUCAGUCGUCCCCAGCUGAGAGCCACGGGAGUCGCGGUUACGCCUCCGGGUAUCACUCUGGAUCAGCCUCGCCUCUGCCAGCCAGCAGCCCGUCUCCUGGGAGGGGGAAGCUGCCCGAGACCCCCUCAGGAUCCAGGGUCCACCCCCACACUGAGCAGCACAAAGAGGAAAAGCCCAAGGCGAACGCAGAGGACGACAUAUCCCAAGGUUCAGAGAGUAAAUCGGACUCCAACGGUCAGUCGAGCACCCCUGGACUGGACUCUGAUCAUGACUACACACUCAUUGGCAGCAGCAGCCCAACGCACACAGAGGACAGUGUAAAUGCCGACAGCCCUCCCCAAAGCCAAAAAACUACAACUCACCAGGAGUCCAACAUAAAUAACAACAAAACUACCGCGCCAGUGCCAACAGAGACGCGCGGUUCAGUCGUGUCUGUGAAUCCCACACAACCUGAGUCUUUUCAGGGUCCUGAUGCCGAGCUCGUUGCAUCAAAGGUCACGGGAGGCGCACAUGCAUCUAGCAAAUCUCAUUCUUCAAGCUACGCUACUGUUAUCAUCCCCCAAGUCCAAGUGCAACUGAAUGGGUCUGCCCUUCCUGCAGAUACACAGUCCGACUCCAGCAGAGGGGUGUCCCUGAAUCUUUCCACCAGUCUAAGUUCUAGCCCUUCCAGCACUUCCCCGAACUCUCCCGUCGGCUCCCCAGAGCUCCAGUCUUCUCCUCAGCGCUCCGCAUCUGCUUCAGACUCGGCAGGACAAAGACUGACCCCGGACAGAGACAGCUCAGCCGACGCCAAGCCUCCAUCUCCUGUGCCCGACGGAUAUCAGACGCCGACCUUUCCCUUAGCGUCCUAUUACUACUCAUUACUCAACGUGCCUCACGUCCCUUACACCGGGUACACAGCCGUGACUAUUCCCGCCAUCCAGCCGCCGCUCCCGGAGAAGAAACGCUUCUCCUCCUCGUCGUCGGGAUCCCUGAACGGACACAGCUCCGUCCUCCGUGUCUCGUCGGCUCCUUCGCCCACGCACCACGUCACUUUCUCCCCCGCCGUGGGAGAGCAGAGGAGGGGGUCUGCUCAACAGGAGGCGGACAUUCGGGUAAAUGCCAAGUUCGUCCAGGACAGCUCGAAGUACUGGUACAAACCGGGCAUCUCCAGAGACCAAGCUAUAGCCGUGCUGAAGGACAAGGAGACAGGAACUUUCCUUAUUAGAGACAGCAACUCCUUCCAGGGUGCCUAUGGCCUGGCCCUCAAGGUGGCCACCCCUCCUCCUAACGCCAACACCUCCGGGGGCAAAGGGGACCCUCUGGAACAGCUGGUGAGACACUUCCUCAUCGAGACCGGGCCACGGGGAGUGAAGAUCAAGGGCUGUCAGAAUGAAUCCUACUUCGGAAGUCUAUCGGCUCUGGUGUACCAGCAUUCGAUUACUCCCAUCUCGCUGCCAUGUGCCCUUCGGAUCCCAGAAAAAGAUCUGGUCGGCGAGCUUCAGGAGAUGCAGAGCGCAACAAACACCAGCACAGCGGCUGACCUCCUCAAACAAGGAGCAGCUUGCAACGUCCUCUACCUGAAUUCUGUGGAGACCGAGUCGUUAACGGGGCCGGAGGCGGUUUCCAAGGCAACCAAGUGCACUUUGGCUCUGAGCCCACGUCCCGUGGCUACAGUGGUCCACUUCAAAGUGUCUUCUCAGGGCAUCACGCUCACCGACAGCAAAAGACGGAUAUUUUUUAGGAGACACUACCCAAUCAACAGUGUCACUUUCAGCAGUCUUGACCCCCAAGAUCAGAGGUGGACUAAUUCUGAUAGCACGCCAAGCAAGAUGUUCGGCUUCGUGGCGAGACGAACAGGCACUGCAACCGAGAAUGUGUGUCACCUGUUCGCGGAGGUGGAUCCCGAGCAGCCAGCUGUGGCAAUUGUCAACUUUAUCAACAAAGUCAUGCUGGGGCCCCAGCAACGCAGAUGAAGAAACAGUGGAGCCUUAAAAAACUCUGGGUUGUUAAGGAGCUGUGGGGGUAGAUAUUCAUACGACGCAUUACACAUUUUAUAAUAAAGGCUGCACAGUGGUGCUGGGCUGCAUGGAAAAAAAAUUGUCCAGGCCAAAGAGUGACCUAAUUUUGGUGGCCUUGGCAAGAAUGCGACUGAUGUGAGAGUUUCAUCUGUUUUGUUCUCUUUGCUGUUGAUGAGGUCAGCCAUUUUUUUCACACAAUGUAUAUAUAUAUAUAUAUAUAUAUAUAUAUAUAUAUAUAUAUAUAUAUAUAUAUAUAUAUAAAUCACAAAGUGCAUGAGCAAAGAUCUCUUUACCACGCUGUCAUUUUCAUUUUCAUUCUUCAAAGCCAAAGGAAGGAAGGAAGGAGCAGGAAUGCCUUAACAGGAAUGCGCUAGAAAGUAAACGUCAUGUUUUAAGGAGGCAUUUAAGGUGGCGUAUAUCACCAUUACGUUCCUUAUGCAAUGUAAGAAAAAGGGCAAAGCAAGUGAGUUAAUGAAAGUAUUUUGAUUAUUAUAAGGUGAAAGGUUUUUUUUGGUUACAUUUGAAGGCACCGGUUAUAUACAGUACAGAGUGUUAAAAAUACUCAUACAAAUGUAUUUUGUUCAAGUCAUAGUGUAGGAAGAUGACUGUGUGUACCAUUUAAAAAAACAGAUUCAUUCACAAAACAAUUGUAUGGGAAAACCUAUAAGAAACAUAAUUUCAGUGACAACUUUUUAACAGCUACUGAAGAUUGAAAAAAAAAGCCUUAGUUUCAUAAGAUGUAAGGGGAAAUCUACGAUGUCAGUCUGCAGUGUUUUGGCGGUGAUAUUACAAAAAGGGCAUGCAUAGAAAAGUCUAUCCAUAUCGCAUUGUUCCUGUUUUAGAUUUCAACCAGUGUUCAUGGAAACGCGAGUGAAAUGUUUCGGAGAGAAGGUUCACUUUAAGCCAAAGACUUGUUGUGUAAAGAUAUUUUGAAGUUGUUGUUUUUUUUUUUUAUUAUUAUUAUUGUUUUAUAUAUCUAUAUCUUUCUGUUUAGCAUUAUUGGUGUGUUUUAUAUAAACUGUCAGUAUUUAGACAACUUAAGCACAAUUAUUAUUUUUCAUAUAGGAUUUUUAUGUGAAAGAAGUAAUAUAUUUUAGGCCUCUGAGGUGGAAUUAUGUCAUAUUUGACAAAAGAAUUAAACCAUGAAAUUCACAGCAAA